AUGUCGAGGCCAGAGCAGAUUGCGCCUCCUGAAAUAUUUUAUAAUGAUUCAGAAUCAUUCAAAUAUACGUCAUCUACAAGGGUACAACGUAUUCAGGCUGAAAUGACGCUUCGAGCCUUAGAUCUAUUAAAUUUAGAGAAAGAUGAACCGCAUUUCUUGCUUGAUGUCGGUUGUGGAUCUGGUUUGUCGGGAGAAAUAUUGACAGAAGAGGGAUAUAACUGGAUUGGCAUGGAUAUUGCACCAAGUAUGUUGGCCACUGCUCUUGACAGAGGCGUGGAGGGGGAUUUAUUCCUUAGUGAUUUAGGGAAUGGCAUACCUUUCAGGGCAGGAACAUUCGACGCUGUCAUAUCCAUAUCUGUAAUUCAGUGGUUAUGCAAUGCUGAUUCAUCUUCAUUUGAUCCUAAGAGGAGAUUGAUGAGAUUCUUCAACACUUUAUAUGCAUCAUUAAAAAGGGGGGGUAAAUUUGUUGCUCAAUUCUAUCCAAUGAAUGAUGAGCAAACCGAGUCUAUCCUAGGUGCCGCCAAAGUUGCAGGUUUUGGUGGUGGUUUAAUCAUAGAUGAUCCGGAGUCGAAAAGACAUAAAAAAUAUUAUUUGGUUUUGACAGCUGGGCAAGCAUCAAGAAACGUUAACUUGACUGGAGCUGAGAUGGAGCUAGCUUUGCCGUCCAAGAGAUUGAAUAAAAAGCUGUUGAAAAGCAUGGAAUCUAAGAAAGAGUAUAUAAAGAGAAAAAAGGAAACGAUGAGGCGGCGAGGCAAAAGAGCGGCAAACGAUUCUAGAUUUACAGGGAGGAAGAGAAAACCUCGUUUCUAG